AUGGCCGAACAACUGCGCUUCGAUGGCCAAACCGUCGUCGUGACGGGUGCCGGUGGUGGCCUGGGCAAGGCCUAUGCCACCUUCUUCGGCUCGCGGGGUGCUAACGUCGUCGUCAACGACCUGGGUGGCUCCUUCAAGGGUGAGGGCAACUCGACAAAGGCAGCGGACGUGGUCGUCGACGAGAUCAAAAAGGCCGGCGGUAAGGCCGUCGCCAAUUACGACAGCGUCGAGAACGGCGACCGCAUCAUCGACACUGCGAUCAAGGCCUUUGGCCGCAUUGAUAUCCUUAUCAACAACGCCGGUAUCCUCCGCGAUGUGAGCUUCAAGAACAUGAAGGAUGCGGACUGGGACUUGAUCAACAGCGUCCACGUCAAGGGUGCAUACAAGUGCGCAAGAGCAGCGUGGCCGCACUUCAGAAAACAAAAGUAUGGCCGCGUUAUCAACACUGCGUCUGCAGCAGGCCUCUUUGGCAACUUUGGCCAGUGCAAUUACUCUGCCGCCAAAUUGGCCCAGGUUGGCUUCACCGAGACUCUCGCAAAGGAGGGUCUUAAGUACAACAUCCUCGCCAACGUCAUUGCUCCUAUUGCAGCAAGCCGCAUGACCGAGACCAUCAUGCCCCCGGAUGUUCUCGAGAACCUGAAGCCUGACUGGAUCGUCCCGCUCGUCGCCGUUCUGGUCCACCCCUCCAACACCGAGGAGACUGGAUCUAUCUUUGAGGUUGGCGGUGGCCACGUUGCGAAGCUGAGGUGGGAGCGUGCCAAGGGUGGCCUCCUCAAGGCCGACAGCACCAUGACCCCUGGUGCUGUUCUGGCCAAGUGGAGCGAUAUCACCGACUUCUCCAAGCCCGAGUACCCGACCGGUCCGGCGAACUUUGUCGAGCUGCUCGAGGAAGCACAGAAGAUUCCUUCCAACCCGCCUGCACAGAACCCUGACUUCACGGGCAAGGUUGCACUCAUCACUGGCGGUGGUGCUGGUCUUGGUCGUGCAUAUGCUCUGCUUUUUGCAAAGUAUGGCGCGAAGAUUGUCAUCAACGAUCUGGCCGACCCGGACACUGUUGUCCAGGAGAUCCAGAAGCUUGGCGGUCAGGCAGUCGGUGUCAAGGCAUCCGCAGAGGAGGGUGAUGUUGUCGUUAAGGCCGCCAUUGACGCUUACGGCCGGAUUGACAUUAUCAUCAACAAUGCAGGUAUCCUCCGUGAUAAGGCCUUCGCCAACAUGGACGACAGCCAGUGGGAUUCGGUCAUGAACGUCCAUCUCCGUGGCACUUACAAGGUUACCAAGGCGGCCUGGCCUUACAUGCUCAAGCAGAAGUACGGCCGCAUUGUCAACACCACCUCUACCAGCGGUAUCUACGGUAACUUCGGUCAGGCCAACUACGCUGCGGCCAAGUGCGGUAUCCUGGGCUUCUCUCGUGCCCUUGCUCGCGAAGGUGCCAAGAACAACAUUUUCGUGAACACCAUCGCCCCCAAUGCUGGUACCAACAUGACCCGUACCAUCCUGCCUGAGGAGCUCGUGCAGGCAUUCAAGCCUGACUACGUUGCUCCCCUCGUCGUCGCUCUCUGCUCCGACAGCGUUCCCGACCCCACAGGCGGUCUUUACGAGGUCGGCAGUGGCUGGCAGGGCGCUACCAGGUGGCAGCGUUCUGGCGGCCACGGCUUCCCUAUCGACGUCAAGCUUACUCCCGAGGCCGUCAAGCAGGUGUGGCCCAAGAUCAUCAACUUCGACGACGGCCGUGCCGACCACCCCACCGAGCCCAACGACAGUGCUGGCAAGAUCAUGGCCAACUUCUCAAACAGAAGUGGUUCGGCGGGCGAAUCCUCCGGCGGCGAUAACGAAAUUCUCCAAGCAAUUGAGGAGGCAAAGAAGGCGAAGGCUGAAGGAACCGACUUCGUCUAUGAUGACCGUGAUGUCAUUCUAUACAACCUUGGUAUUGGCGCGAAGCGUACCGACCUGCCUCUCGUUUUCGAAAACGACGAGAACUUCCAGGUCGUCCCGACUUUCGGUGUCAUCCCGCCCUUCAAUGCCACUGCCCCCUUCAGCAUGGCUGAUGUGGUGCCCAACUUCUCUCCGAUGAUGCUUCUGCACGGCGAGCAAUAUCUCGAGAUCCGCAAAUUCCCCAUUCCGACAUCGGCCACGCUCGUGUCAUACCCGUCGCUGGUCGAGGUCGUCGAUAAGGGCAAAUCGGGCAUCAUCGUGACAGGUACCGUGACGAAGGAUAAGGCAACUGGCGAGGACCUCUUCUACAACGAGGCCACCGUCUUCAUUCGCGGCUCGGGUGGUUUCGGUGGACCCAAGAAGGGUGCAGACCGCGGCCCUGCGACCAAGGUGCACGUGCCGCCCAAGCGUGCGCCCGACGCCGUUGUUGAGGAGAAGACGACCGAGGAGCAGGCAGCCAUCUAUCGUCUCAGCGGUGACCGCAACCCGCUGCACAUCGACCCCGAAUUCAGCAAGGUGGGCGGCUUCGAGACUCCGAUCCUGCACGGCUUGUGCUUCUUCGGCAUCGCGGGCAAGCACAUCUUGAAGACGUUCGGCAUGUUCAGGAACAUCAAGGUUAGGUUCGCCGGCACGGUUUUGCCGGGUCAGACGCUCAGGACGGAGAUGUGGAAGGCAGGAAACACUGUCAUCUUCCAGGUUGUGGUGAAGGAGACUGGAAAGUUGGCUAUUGCGGGUGCGGGUGCUGAGUUGGUGGGUGCGGAGAAGGCCAAGCUGUGA